CCACAACGUUACUCAACAAUGGGCAGUGGGAGGACAAGUGGUGGCUUGCUGCAGGGUGCUGGCGGCGCUGAUGUUGAUAGUGAUGGUGACGGAACCGCCGAAGGUGCAUGUGUGGGGAGCACUAGGCAGGGUGGGAAAAUGAGCGUCAGGGGCCACGAGCAAGGUACCGCUGCGAUACCGCGGCGGCAGCAAGAUGGACGACAGCAACAACAGUGGAAGCUCACCGUGACGUUGGAUGUGCUGGAGAUUACCAUCAUGGCAACGCUCACCCUGGCUGCGCUGGCGACCCGCCUCUACAACAUCCACCAACCACCUUCUGUCGCAUGGGAUGAGACGCACUUUGGAAAGUUUGCCAAUCGUUACUUGAAGCGGCAAUUCUACUUCGACGUCCACCCACCCUUGGCCAAGAUGCUCAUUGCACUUGCAGGCCUUGUGACCGGUUACCGUGGAGACUUUUCCUUUGAAGGGCCAGGCACACCUUACGACAAUGACUUGUACAUUGGCAUGCGCGUGUUUUGCGCAUGUGUUGGGGCCAUGUGCGUUCCGCUUGCAUACCUGACGCUGCGCCAGCUGAGCUGUUCUCGCGUUGCCGCCAUCACAGCGGCGUCCCUGGUCCUUUUCGACACGGCGUGCAUCACCGCGUCCAAAUACAUCCUGCUCGACCCCAUUCUCAUGUUCUUCAUCCACGCCGCGUGCUGCGCCGCCCUCUACGUGCGCAGACAACGGCACAGAGCGUUUUCUGCCGGGUGGUGGGUGUCGUAUGCAGUGCUGGGCGUCUUGCUUGGUUGCGCCAUCAGCAGCAAGUGGGUUGGCCUCUUUGUCGUGCUCUUCACGGGAUGUCUGACGAUUGCAGACUUGUGGGAACUUUGGGGUGACACCGCAGUCUCACUGAUGCGGCUUGCGCUGUACUUUCUUGCGCGGGCAGCGACGCUGAUUGUUCUGCCGCUCGCCGUGUACGCAUUCUUUUUUUUCGUGCACUUUGCCGUGUGCAACCACUCCGGAGAUGGGGAUUCGUUCAUGAGCUCUGCUUUCCAGACCACUCUCAUUGGAAAUGAGCUGAAUGCGACGCCAAUGCCCAACACGGUCGCUGUUGGGUCUGUUGUCAGCAUCAAGGGUGCAAGGUGUAGUGGUGGGCUGUUGCAUUCGCAUCCCCAUUUGUACCCUGCCCACAUGGUGCAGCAGCAACAAAUCACAGCCUACCAGCACAAGGACGACAACAACCUUUGGAUCAUCAAGCGGGGGCACGAGCACACGAAUGUGAAUGUGAACCACUCAAACGGCCGCUCGGAAGUCGUCUCGUUCGUGCACUCUGGCGACAUCAUCAGGCUGGAGCACAAGCUGACACGGGUCAACCUGCACAGCCACGGCCUGGGCGCCUUCUCCAAGAAAACUCAUCACCAGGUGACGGGGUAUGGGGUGAACGGCACUGGCGACAUCAACGACAACUGGACUGUCGAAGUCGUGCGGGGCCGCAACGGUGACCAGCUGGGUCGCAUCACGGAUCAGUUCAAGCUGCUGCACAGCCCCUUUGGAACACCCAUCUGCGCUCUCAGUUGCGACGGAACAAAAUACCCAGAGUGGGGAUUCGAACAGCUUGAAGUCACAUGCAACCCGAACCUCAAUGACACAUCGAAUCUGUGGAACAUUGAGCGACACGACAAUCCGCUUUUGCCGGCGGAGGACGUCAGCACCGUCAAGCCGUCGUUUUGGCAGAACCUUCAUGAGCUGCACGUGGCCAUGGCGGAGGUGAACAACGGGCUCGUGCCAAAGAAGGAUGAGGACCCUUCCCGCGCCUGGCACUGGCCAAUCAACUACAGGGGCCAGCGCUUCACGGCGUGGGGCGACAAUGACCUGCGCGUGUACUUGCUGGGAAAUCCCGUGGUGUUUGCCAUCAACCUCAUCGCAAUCGUUCUCUUUAUUGUCGGCGCUCUCCUUGUUGCACUCGCACGGCAACGCGGCGUCCAGGUGUCGACAACAGCUGUUUCGGACGGCGGUUGGCUCUUCCUCGGGUGGGCGCUGCACUAUUUGCCCUUUUUCCUGAUGGGCCGGGUGCUGUAUUUCCACCACUACCUCCCAGCACUGCUCUUCAGCUGCAUGCUCACCGGCGUCGUCGUCGAUGCGCUGGUGGACGUGGUGCUGUGUGCGGUGGUUCGUCGCGCGGGUAAUAAGAGAGUGCCAGUGGUUGGGGUGCGAGCAGCGGUACUGGUGGCGCUAAUUGCAGUGCUGGCUUGGAGCUUCCGUGUGUUUAGCUGCAUGGCGUAUGGAAUGCAAGGCCCACUGCGAAGCAUGAAGCCUCUCAUGUGGAUGCAAAGUUGGGAGCUCGAUCACUAGCUGAGAAGCGAGAGGGUGAUGGUAGCAAAGAGGGUGAUGGCAGCAACAGCAACACAGGCCAGCCGUGAGUGCUGAAGCCACUGUUGCUGGUUCGCCGCGAACUGCUGCACCUGAGUGCUGCUGGAUUGCUUGCUUGCUUCUUAUUUGCUUGCUUACAAUUGCUGUGUUGUAUUUGACAACAUGAACAUGUGUACAAAUUGAUGUGAGCACCAAAGUAAACGGAGCAGAGUUUA